CAGGACCGGGGUCAGAACCAGGACCAGGAGUCCAGCAGCAGGACCAAAGCGGACUCUUCCUCCGCUGGUCUGCAGAAACAUAAAGCCAAAGAGAGAAAAAAUAGGAGGGAUAAAGUCCUCACCACUUCACCAGGCCUGAAGGUCCGAAAGAGGAUUCAUACUGAAGAGAAGCUGUACAGCUGUGAACAGUGUGGGCGAGCUUUUACCCGACAAGAUCAUCUAAGGAGUCAUCAGCGUAUUCACACUGGAGAAAAGCCAUACAAAUGUGAUCAGUGUGGGGCAGCUUUUACCGAUCUAGGUAAUCUAAGGAGUCAUCAGCGUAUCCACACUGGAGAAAAGCCAUACAAAUGUGAUCAGUGUGGGGCAGCUUUUACCCGACAAGGUCAUCUAAGGCGCCAUCAGCUUAUUCACACUGGGGAUAAGCCUUACAGAUGUGAUCAGUGUGGGGCAGCUUUUACCACGUCAGGUAGUCUAAGGAGUCAUCAGCGAAUUCACACUGGGGAUAAGCCUUACAGAUGUGAUCAGUGUGGGGCAGCUUUUACCAUGUCAGGUCAUCUAACGAGUCAUCAGCGUAUUCACACUGGAGAAAAGCCAUACAAAUGUGAUCAGUGUGGGGCAGCUUUUACCAGGUCAGGUCAUCUAAGGAGUCAUCAGCGUAUUCACACUGGAUUUAAGGGUUACAGGUGUGAUCAGUGUGGGGCAGCUUUUACCGAACAAAGUAGUCUAAGGCGUCAUCAACGUAUUCACACUGGAGAGAAGCCUUACAGAUGUGAUCAGUGUGGGGCAGCUUUCAUCGAGCAAGGUAGUCUAAGGCGUCAUCAGCGUAUUCACACCAGAUAA